AACGAACAACAAUAUUAUUUAAUUCUCAUUUUUGUGUGAAGUAUUUUAUUGCACUUAUUUGAUUAAAUUUCUUUGUGUUUGCUGCUGAUCCCCUGCAAUAAGAUACUUAAGAUAACAUAAAUUUUAUCCUAAGUUAUCCAACAAAUCAUGCCCGUAUGGAAUGACAACUUUGAUCCCGAGACCUCGGUUCGAGAACGUCGGAAGCUGAAUCGUAAAAGUUAUUACAUGAGUCGCAAUUCAAAAAAAGUUUACAAUGAAAGAGGUCUAUUAGUUGCAUCAGGAAAAGACAUAUGUGACUGCUUAGAUGAGGCAUGCCCUGGUUGCCACUACCCAUGUGUUCGGUGUGGUUCAAAUAAAUGUGGACCUGAUUGCAGAGUUAAUAGAAAAUGGAUGUAUGAAAAAAUUGAAAUAGAAGGAAAUGAUUUUGUCAUCAAGAAUAAUAUGAUAACGUCACACAAAAAAAAAUAAUUGCAAGAUGUUCACUUAUGAGCAGUUAACAGUGUACAUAUAUAGAUCUCUUCAAUGUAAAUUAAACAUUAAUUAUUAAGGAA